AUGGAAGACAUUUAUGUGGCAAACACAAUUUUUGCCAUAAAUUUCUUCAAGCAUCUGGCAAAUACAAGCACCACCCAGAAUCUCUUCUUCUCUCCAUGGGGCAUCUCAUCCACCAUGGUAAUGGUCUACCUGGGUGCCAAAGGCAACACUGCAGACCAGAUGGCAAAGGUGCUUCAGUUUAAGAAUAUUGGAGUCCCUGAAGUGACCCCAAUGACCCCAGAGAAUGACACCAGCUGUGAGCUCAUGCAGCAAAUGCAGGUCACUUAUCCUGAUGCUAUUUUGAAGGUACAAGCUGAAAACACAAUCCAUUCCGGCUUCCAUGCUCUCAUCUCUGCUAUCAAUGAGACCAAGGGGGGUUACAUAUUGGAAAGUGCCAAUAAGCUGUUUGGAGAGAAGACUGCACAAUUCAGGGAGGAAUACAUCCGACUCUCUAAGAAAUAUUACUCUACAGAACCCCAGGAAGUUGACUUCUUAGAAUGUGCAGAAGGAGCCAGAAAAAAGAUUAAUUUCUGGGUCGAGACUCAAACAAAAGGUCAAAUUUCAAACUUGUUACCCAAAGGUUCUGUAGAUUCAGACACUCGGAUGGUCCUGGUGAAUGCUGUCUACUUCAAAGGAAAAUGGAAAACUCCAUUUGAGAAGAAAUUAAGUGGACUUUAUCCUUUCCGUGUGAACUCGACUCAGCGUAAAUCUGUACAGAUGAUGUACUUGCAUGAAAAACUGAACAUUGGAUACAUAGAAGACCUAAAGGUUCAGAUUCUAGAACUUCCAUAUGCUGGAGAUGUCAGCAUGUUCAUAUUGCUUCCAGAUGAAAUUGCUAAUGUGUCUACUGGCUUGGAGUUGCUGGAACGUGAACUAACUUAUGACAAUCUCAACAAGUGGAUCAGCAAAGACACAAUGGCAGAAGAUGAUGUUGAGGUGUAUAUCCCCCAGUUCAAAUUAGAAGAGCGCUAUGAACUCAAACCCAUUCUGAGAAGCAUGGGCAUGAAUGAUGCCUUCGUCAAGGGCCAGGCCAACUUCUUAGGAAUGUCGGAAGGAGAGGAACUGUUUCUCGCGGAAGUGUUUCACCAGGCCACUGUGGAUGUCAAUGAGGAGGGCACUGAAGCAUCUGCUGGAACCGGGGCUAUCAUGUCAGGGAGAACCGGUCAUGGAGGCCCACAGUUUGUGGCUGAUCAUCCUUUCCUCUUCUUUAUAAUGCACAAAACAGCUAAAACCAUUCUCUUUUUUGGCAGAUUUGUCUCACCCUAA